UAGGAUGCGAUUCUCUUGUGCGAGUGUUGUAUAAAAUAAAUAAAACGGCAUGAUGAGUGAAAUGUUGACGAAGUCGAACUUGACAUGAUAAACAUUUCUUCUACGCAUAUCUCAUACGAGCCGGCAUUCUCUUUUUUAAUAAGAAAACUUUUCUAGAAAAACGAGAAUAGAAUUAAAUCGAAACUUUUGUUGGUUGUGAAUACUGGAGAGUGUCAAAGUGCUCUUGAGUGCUCUUUGAAAAUAUGAACAACGACCCGGGCAUCAUCUGUUUCCGUCAUUGUCCAACGAAGAGUGUAUUCUGCAAGCGUAUUCCAGCGAUUUGCCCAGUGUGCAUAUCACAAAUACAAAAUUUCGUCGUGGAUCCAUUUCGUGUUCCAUAUCCGUUUGUGAAUGCUGUACAUACUUCCAGUAGUGUCAUUAUUCGGCCCUCACAGGGCAAUUUCCUUGAUGAUUAUAAUGUAACGCGUGAUGACCUGCAUGUCGGGAUAGUCAACUCUAGUGGUGACAUUGUGGAGUUUGACAAGAAAGGAUUGAUAGUGAAUGAUGUUGCCAGUUGGACCAACUGUGUCGCCUUAGAGGUUGUGCCAGCUGCCUGGACCAAUCGAUGGGACGAAACAUUGUCGCUUAUAUUAAAAGAUGUCAAGUGGAGAUCUAGUAAUUAUAACACCAUUAGCCUGAACUGUUUCGACUUUGUUUUAGAAUUUUUCAACAAUCUAGGUUAUACAGAUUUAAGAUUUGCGAAUAAGGAAGACUUAUGCGAACGAUUGAUACUUUCAAAAUUACAAAAUGCAAUUCGAUAUAUCUCGGUAUACAGAGCCUUGAAGGCUCAGGAAUGUCUGCUGUCGAAUUGUCAUACUUGAUACAUCUUAUUAUUUCUAUAUUUUUUAUUUGUAUUAUUUGAAAUUAAUGCAAUAAAAGUGUUCAUAUUUAUAUAUCUGUUUUCUUGCUU